CGCAAAUCAAAGACAGCCUUUUUUUCCGCUCCUAAAAAGCCUAGGCAGCGAGCCGAAGACCUCGAACAGUUUCUAUAAUCCGGCGCCACCCAAUCGCUUGGAUCUCGUCUGAUUUUUCUCUGUUUUCAAACUAGAGAAGCAAAUGACUGCUGGUAGGGUGGCUCACGUCACGCUAAAAGGACCGAGUGUCGUCAAGGAGAUAUUGACAGGAAUGGGUCUUGCUCUUUUUGCUGGUAGCUUUUGGAAAAUGCAUCAAUGGAAUGAGCAGAGGAAAGUGAGAGCUUUCUACGAUCUACUCGAGAAGGGUGAGAUCGGUGUCGUUGUUGACGAAGCAUAGAUUCGAUUACACUCUAUGAUGAUCAUGUAGAACACAUUUCACCAGCUUGUUUAUCAUUUUUUGAAAACCUCUUCAUUUUGCUCUUGGAUUUGACAUGACAUGUUUAUGUUUUGCAACAAUUUCUGCAAAUAAGACAUGAGAGACACAGUUUGCUGAACUUAAUAAACCUUGUUUCAUGAUUUAUUA